AUGUUGUCGUCAACAGUUCUUCUAGCCUACGUGGUAUGGCUAUUUCCGACCAUCUGUCUCACUUCUUUUACAUUUGGAAGCCUCAAAAACCAUUCAUUACCACUUCCGGAUGGAAUGGAAUCAAUGACUUCUGAUAAAUAUCCUCAUUAUACAAUUAUUGAGACAGUUAGUCGUACUAAAGUACAUCGUCAUCGUCGUGAAGUCAUUGCUGGUCAAAUCUAUGAUUGGCAAUCUCAUGAGAUUCCAUAUCAAAUCUGGGGAGGCGAUUAUAAUUUUCAAAAUUUAAUUCGUCGUGGUAUUCGAAUGUGGGAAGAAGCUACCUGUCUUCGAUUCCGUGAAAAUAUGCAGCAUCGCGAUGGAAUUCGAUAUGUACUGGAAAAGGGUGAUAGCUGUUUCACAGAGUACAUUGGCAGAAAUGGUGGUCAUCAGGAUAUUAUCAUUGGCAGUGAAUGUGCUGAGGAGUAUGUUGUUGCUCAUGAAACAGGACAUGCUUUGGGCUUCUGGCACACACAUCAACGUCCAGACAGAGAUCGCCAUAUUUCCAUUAACUGGAAGAACGUUAUGGAAGAGGCUACAGCAUCAUUCAUGCCAUUCCGUAGUAUGCUCCAAGCAUUCGGAAUUCGUCAGGUUUCCCCAAGACGAGUACCAUAUGACUAUGGAAGUUUGAUGCAUUAUCACGCUGUAGCUCAUGCAGUCAAGGUUUCUGAUUUCACUAUCGUGCCAAAGGAAUUGAAAUAUGUAACAACGAUGGGAACUGAGAAAAUGGCUUUCCUUGAUGCGAAAGUAAUAAAUGAUAUUUACUGUCCAAAUGCUUGUACUGGUCGUUCUAAUCUUCGCUGCGUUGCUGGAGGCUAUCCGGAUCCAAAUAACUGUGCGGUAUGUAGAUGCCCUGAAGGUUUAGGAGGAGCUGAUUGCAGCCGUUUACAACCCAGCCCUUGUGGCGGAGAAUUACAUGCUACCGAUAGCUGGCAAAGCUUGAACAGUCCAACUGGAAAAGACGUUCACUGUUACUGGCGUAUCUCGGUUCCGGAAGGCUCUCGUGUUCGCUUCCGACUCUCGGAUGGAGAAUUCCCAUGCUCAUAUGGAUGUCAAUCAUAUGUUGAGAUCAAGCAUAAGCUUGAUGUUCGACUAACCGGCUUCCGAAGUUGUUGUUAUCGUCCAAAAGAAGAUACAAUAUCUGAAAGUAAUCAGAUCUUUGUAAUUUAUCAUCCAAAUGGACGAACUGCCCGCUUUUCUUUGAGAUACAAACGUCAAGCUUAG